AUGGAGGGGUAUGAAUCCCUUGACCUGCUAAAUUACCGUGCAGUCACUAAGCGUACCGCGGGGUUUGAGUCGUUUGUUGAAGAUAAAUUUGUAGUCAAUGCAGGGCUAGGAGCAGCGGGCUAUGCCAUAUCGCAGAAGAUAUGGGUCUGGGUAAAUAAUGGGGGUCGUAAGCGCUGUGUGCCCCUUGCCUGCAGUUUCCUAUAUGCAAGGUCAUCAUGGAUUGAUUCAAGCGAGCACGUGCUUGAGCCAGUUGCCAUCAUUGGCUUUGCAUGCCGCCUCCCAGGAGGUAAUACCACACCAAAGAAACUCUGGGAGUUUCUCGAGAGAGGAGAUAUUGCUUCGAACAAGGUGCCUAAAUCGAGAUUUAAUAUUGAGGGACAUUGGGAUGGGUCUCAAAAGCCACGCACUAUGAGACCAUGUGGUGGCAUGUUUCUCGAAGAUAUUGACCCAGCGGAUUUUGACGCUUCAUUCUUUGAGAUUUCGAAGAGCGAGGCCAUCUCAAUGGAUCCAAACCAGCGUCAGAUGCUUGAAGUUGUUUUUGAAGGACUCGAAAAUGCUGGUAUCCCACUAGAAAGUCUUGAUGGGCGCCUGUCGGGUGUUUCGUUGGUUCAUAUGCAUCAGGUAAAUUAUGGCGAUAUGCAAAAUAGAGACCCUGAAGAUAGGCCAGCAAGCAUUACUGUUGGAGUUGGGCGUGCUAUCAUGGCUAACAGACUAAGUCAUUUCUUGAAUAUCAAGGGACCGAGUAUGACUAUCGACACCGCUUGCUCUGGUAGUCUUGUGGGUCUUGAUGUAGCUUGCCGAUAUCUACAGUCUCGAGAGAUCAAUGCGGCUAUCAUCGCAACUAGCAAUCUUUAUUUGAAUCCUGAGCAUGUAAUGGAUCUCGGAGCGGUCGGAAAUGCACAUUCGCCUACUGGGCUAUGUCAUACAUUCGAUAUCGAUGCCGACGGAUACGUAAAGGCUGAAGCGGUCAGCAGUAUCAUCGUCAAAAGACUCUCCGAUGCUAUUCGCGAUAGAGACCCCAUUAGAGCUGUGAUUCGAGGUUCUGCUACCAAUAGCGACGGAAGAACACCAGGCAUUGCUAGUCCUAGCGCCGAAGCUCAGUCUGCUGCUAUUAGAGCAGCCUAUGCUAAUGCAGGUAUUACUAAUUUGAAUGAUACAGCGUAUCUCGAAUGCCAUGGCACCGGAACCCAGGCUGGAGAUCCCACUGAAGUGAAGGGUGCCGCUUCCGCAUUUGGUGCGACGCGCUCAGCAGAUAAGCCGCUCAUCAUCGGCUCGAUCAAAAGUAAUUUAGGACAUGCUGAGCCAUCAGCGGGUCUUUCAGGAAUUAUGAAAGCUGUUAUGGCCAUCGAAAAUGGAAUCAUCCCAGGAAAUCCAACUUUUAUAAAACCUAGUCCAAAGAUUGAUUUUGCUGGUCUUAAAGUGAAGGCUACUCGUACUUCAAUCCCAUGGCCUAAAAGUUCUAUUCGCCGAGCAAGUGUCAAUUCGUUUGGAUAUGGAGGCUCCAAUGCACACGUGAUCCUGGAACAGCCCAAAUUUCCAGAUGGCCCGCAUCACAUUAGUUCAUACCUGCCUGAUACUGACGAGCUUACUUUGGAUGAAGAUGACUCGGGGCAUCCAUAUACACUCGUUCUCUCGGCAAACGAUAAUUCUUCGCUUAAGGCUAACAUCAAGGCAUUGUGCAACCACUUGAUCAACCCUCGUGUCAAGGUCAAUCUUGAGGAUCUCGCAUAUACGCUCUCUGAGAGGAGAACAAAGUUGUGGCACCGGGCCUACAUUACAACACGAAGCACAGAAAUUGACGAAAACGAUUUUGUUGUUGGAAAGAAGAAUCCAGAAGCCCUAAGGAUCGGCUUCGUGUUCACUGGUCAGGGUGCCCAGUGGCCUCAAAUGGGGAAGGACUUAUUGCAAUUCUUUCCAUGGACAAGAAAUAUACUCAACAACCUUGAUGAUGCUCUACAGAGUCUUCCACAGCCUCCAACUUGGUUGUUGAUACAUGAGUUAACCAAAUCUCGCAGCGCCGAACACUUUCGUCAACCGGAAUUUUCGCAGCCUCUGGUCACAGCACUUCAACUAUGCAUUAUCGACGUUCUUCAAAAGUGGGGUAUCAGACCUCAAAGCGUUGUUGGUCACUCAUCUGGAGAGAUUGCGGCUGCAUAUGCAGCAGGGUUUCUCGAUCAAGCCACUGCUAUCAAAGUAGCCUAUUACAGAGGUCGGGCUGCUGUGAAUCGAAAGAACGAAGUUGAAAGUGAUGUUGGGAUGCUGGCGGUGGGUCUAGGAACAGAAGGAUUGUUGCCAUUCUUAGAAAAGUAUGCCGGAAAAGCUUGGAUCGCUUGUUUCAACAGUCCCAGCAGUUUGACUGUGUCCGGAAAACGCGAGGCGCUCGAAAAGCUGGCUGAGGAAAUGAAAGCCAACGGUCAUUUCGCUAGACUUCUCCAAGUUGACCUUGCCUACCACUCUGAGCUUAUGGGGGUGAUUGGUGAAGAGUAUGAGAAGCUUUUGAAAUCGGGCUUCGCUUCCCUUGGUGGAUCAUCAGAUGUAUCGAUGUUUUCUUCAGUCACUGGACUGAAGCAGACUACUACUACCGACGCAUUGUAUUGGAAAAUAAACAUGGUAUCACCAGUACGAUUUGAUAAGGCUCUCAACGAAAUGCUUUCGGACGAGAAAGCUCCAAACUACCUGAUCGAAAUUGGUCCAUCGGGGGCGCUUGCUGGCCCUAUCUCGCAGAUUUUGAAAGCACUGCCUAACAGUGAUGGCAUUUCGUACAGUCCUUCAUGGGCUCGAGGUCAGGCUGCGGGUAAAGCUAUUUUCGAUCUGGCAGGUCGUCUAUUCGUCGCGGGCCAUGACAUUAGUUUGAGAAGUGUCAAUCAGUAUACCAAUACUAAAACCUUGAUUGAUCUUCCAAAUUACACCUGGAAUCACUCCGUCAAGUACUGGCAUGAGAAUGCGUCAAGCAAAGAUUGGAGGUUCAAGCAAUUCGUGAAUCACGAUUUACUUGGAAGCAAAGUCAUCGGGACCACGUGGAAGUCACCAACCUGGCGAAAGCUUCUGAACCUUACUGAUGUUCCAUGGCUGAAAGAUCACAAGAUGGGUUCAGACGUCUUGAUGCCUGGUGCUGGAUACAUAGUAAUGGCUGUAGAAGCAUUGUACCAGAAGACACGCGCCACUGCGACCGAGGAUCUGAUCAUUAAUUCGCCCAACGAGCUAUGCUAUCGAUUGAGAAAUAUCCGCUUCGACAAAGCUUUAGUACUAGAAGAUGAUAAAGACUCCGCCAUAUUUUUAUCACUGACUCAACAGCAUGGUAGUAAAGAUUGGCAAGAAUUUCGCAUUUCUUCAACCACGGGAGACCUUUUGAUGGAGCAUUGCUCAGGUUUGAUCCGCAUACAAGACCCUGUUGAUGAGCAUUUGGCAGAGUCUUAUAAUACACCCCUGCAGCACCCAACGUCUGGCAAGGUCUGGUAUAAGGCUCAGGCGGAAGCCGGCUAUGGCUUCGGUCCCAGUUUCCAGAAGCUACUGAAAGUCGAGUCCAGCAGCGGUCAACGACAAUCUCGGGCACAAGUAUUGUUGGCAGAGCCAGCUUCGAAAUGGUCACCGCAAUCUUAUUAUCCAAUCCAUCCAGCAGCUCUUGAUGGAUGCUUCCAGACAGUCACACCUGCUCUAUGGGCAGGAGAACGCAGCUCAGUAAAUGCUGUCCUGGUACCUUCCAUAAUCGAUGACCUGAUUAUCAACAGUGUGCCUGCUGGUCUCCAGGAGGGUCUCUCUCUCGCUUCCGCGGAAUAUUCUGGCCGUGGUCGUCUGGAAGAAGCUAAGAGCUACUUUGCUAAUUGUUCAGUCUAUCACCCAGACACUGGUGUUCUCCUUAUGCAGAUGUCUGCACUACGCUUCGCUAAGUUAGAUACGGGAAUAAAAACCGACCCACAUGUAUUUGAUUGUAUUUCUUGGAAGCCAGACAUCACUUUCUUUUCCAAGGAAAAGUUCGGUAGUCUGGAUGCUGAAAAUUCCGAGACUCAACUUGAUUCGGUUAUAAACCUGAUUGCGCACAAGCGGCCUGCUUUGAGAAUUCUUGAGGUCAGCCUCAACCAUAGUGAGACAAGAUCUAUUUGGUUUGAGUCUGAAGAUCCAUUAUCAAGAUCGGCUUAUCUGCAGUACGACUUUGCUUCGGGAGAAGCGAAAGGUCUCGUCUCUAUCCAAAACAAGUACAAGGCAAAGAGCAAUUCAUCAUUCUUUCUAGUAAAUCCCACUAAAGAUGCCUUGGAUUUGCCACAAGAUGCGAUUUAUGACCUUGUGAUUCUCAAAGUUGCAAAGAACCCGGUGGUUGACCAGAGCUUGAAUGAUACUCUCGACUAUAUCAAGUCUCAUCUAUCCGAGAAAGGAUUUGCGCUUGUAGUGCAAGAGAGUGACUUGCAAUCAAGGAAUAGCUCUGUAUCCACUCCUCCUCUUGACGAGAAGUCUCAAUCCCCGUCGUCAAUAAGGUCCCCUGAGACGCCAGGGACAGUGGAUGAAUCUUCCGAAAUCACUGUGAGGGACUCUGAAAUCCCCAUUGCGGCCGAAACAAUAACACUCGAUGAAGUCCACGAGCUCAAAGAAAAGCUACUCCAGUCCGUUGCGGGUGUUACAAAACGAUUUUCAAACUCUACAGCGAUACGAGAAGCGAUGGAAAUGAAGGGGAUCAUUUCUGUUUUGCAGAUCGCUAAUGAUAAUGACAGUCCGGCAUGGUCAUUAUACACUAAUCAAGUCAAAAUUACCUCGCAACCUAGAAACCUAUCUGUCGUGCGGCUUUCGGAGACUACCCCAUCGUUGGAUCCCUCGCUCAAAGCUGUGUUAGAAGUAUCUGGAUGGACAAUUACAGAGACGACUUACUCGCCGGACAAUGUUGCUGCAACAGGAACAGUGGUGUUGAUUCUAGAUGAACUUCAUAACCCAGUGUUAACCCAAAUUAACGCAACUCAGUGGGAAAGCCUUAAGAUGCUUAUCAAUUCUGGUAACCAACUGCUCUGGGUCACCAAAGGUGCACAAUACAAGGUGACAGACCCAAACAAUGCUCUCGUUCAUGGUUUAUUCCGCGUGGCUCGUAGAGAGGAUCCUAGCGUUAAACUUAGCGUUCUAGACGUGGAGUCGAGCGCUGGUCCUGCCACGAACUAUGCCAUCGAUGCGGUUCUCAAUUCGCUCGAAAUCAACCAUCCAGACUCGAAGAUCGUCAUUGAGACAGAGUUUGUAGAACGCAACGGGACUUUGUAUGUGCAAAGAAUUGUUCCAGAUCUUCAAGUGAAUGAAUUCAAGAGAGCCGAGGUUGAAGGCGCAGAGCCUGCACUCAAGAAUUUACACGAAACUGAAGCAGCCGUUCAAUUGAGAGCCGAGCGUCUUGGAACUUUCCAGAGUCUUACAUGGUGUGAAACUGCUGUUGGAGAGGUGCCGGUAGAUUCAGGAAACAUUGAAGUGGAAGUGAUGGCUGUGGGUGUCAACUUCAAGGACGUAGCUGUGACAAUGGGGAUUGUUCCAGAGAACGAGUACACCACUGGAUACGAAGGAGCUGGUAUCGUAAAGCGCCUUGGACCCGGUGUGACAGAGUUCAAGGUUGGAGACCGCGUCUGCUUCUUGAACGGAGGCAGUUAUGCAAAUCGUCUCCAAAUGGGCGUCGGACGAGCUCAUAUCAUACCGGAUUCAAUGAGCUUUGAGGAUGCCGCAACUAUACCUUCAGUGUACUUGUGCUCAAUCUACUCUCUCUACAACAUUGCCAAUCUGAGAGAAGGACAGUCUGUUCUGAUCCAUUCGGCAUCUGGUGGUGUUGGAAUUGCAUGCAUCCAAUUAGCCCAAUACAAGAAGGCCGAGAUUUAUGUUACAGUUGGUACAGAGGAAAAGCGCAAAUUUCUCACCGAAAACUACGGCAUUCCACCGUCACGUAUGUUUUCCUCGCGUAACACAAAGUUUGCUAAGCAGAUAAUGCAUGCAACGAAUGGUCGCGGUGUCAAUGUGAUCAUCAACUCCCUCGCUGGAGAAUUGCUCGAUGCCUCGUGGCGAAUCUGCGCCGAUGGUGGAACUAUGGUUGAGAUUGGAAAGAAAGACAUUGUUGACCGUAACACUUUAUCUAUGGAGCCGUUCGAUCGCAACUGCUCAUACAGAGCGAUGGACUUUUCUUACACAGAAAACAUCGUAGAUCCAUUAAUUUCAAGGCAUGUCCUCCUCGCGCUCGCCCAGAACUUCCUCUAUCCCUAUUCCUAUCAGAUUUUCGAGUUGGUUCAUGGUGGCCAUGUGAAGCCCAUUCACCCAGUUACUAUAUUUGGAUUUAACGACAUUCCAGCAGCACUGGCCUACAUUCGUAGCGGUCGACAUAUAGGGAAAGUCGUUAUCUCCGAUAAAGAGAUAGAUUCUCAGGUGCCUAUUAGGCCAGCAACACGCAAACUCAACCUUAGACCUGAUGCUUCCUAUCUCAUCGUUGGUGGCUUGAAAGGCUUAUGUGGUUCCCUGGCUAUUCAUAUGGCGCGACAUGGAGCUAAGCGUAUCAUUGCUUGUAGUAGAAGUGGCAUUAGCGAUGUUGCGUCACAGAAGAUUGUGAAAAACUGCCUUGCAUAUGGAUGCGAAGUUGUAGAUGCUCAGGGUGACGCUGCGAGCGUGAGUUUCAUGAGUAAAGUCUUCAAGGAGGCAUCACCACGAAUUGCCGGGAUCAUUCAAGGGGCUAUGAUACUCAGAGAUAAACCAUUUGAAACCAUGACACUGGAUGAUUAUCACACUGUUCUUCACGCCAAAUUCAAUGGAACAUGGAAUCUGCAUCAUGUUUCUCAAGAACAAAAAGAGCCACUGGACUUCUUCACUUUGCUCUCGAGUAUCUCCGGUAUUGUUGGAAACAAGGGGCAGGCCAAUUAUGCUGCAGGAAACACAUUUUUGGAUGCAUUUGCCCAGUAUCGUGAAACGCUCGGUCUUCGGGCAAAUUCUGUUGAUCUCGGCCUCAUAGAGGACGUUGGCUACGUGGCCGAGCAGGAGGGUUUUGAUUCUCGUUUUGACAAGAGACAGUGGACACCAGUAACUGAAAAUACAUUGCGGAAGAUAUUGAGCUAUUCUAUCCUGCAGCAAGAUGAGAAAGCACCGAUUAAUGUAAGUAGCAACACACAACUGAUUGCUGGUAUUGGGUUUCCACUGCCCGAAGAUUCAGAUCUCUCGUACGAAGGAAGAUUUGGGUAUCUUUUCCAAAGUGCGGCAGGUGGCAAUAAAGAUGGCGGAAGUAGCCAGGGCGAUGAGACAAUAGAAGCAUUUCGGAUGAUACGCAAAUCAGGAGCUGACAAGGCAGCCCUAGCCAAAGUAUGUGUGGAGGUGAUUGCAACGCAAUUUACCAAGAUCUUACGGCUGGAAACCGAGAUGGAAACGGCCAAACCCCUGAUAUCAUAUGGAUUGGAUUCGCUCGCAGCAGUCGAGCUGCGGAAUUGGAUUCGUAUUGAGCUUGGGGCCGAACUAACGACACUUGACAUUACUAAUGCCAGUUCACUUAUUGCACUGUGCGAGAAACUCGUGUCAAAGCUUCUAUAG